CAUUACCCCAGUCCUAAUUACCUUAACAGGUGCAAUGCUUUUUCUCAAUCACACACUCUAAUAAUCAUGCCACAUUCUCAUUCUUACUCAAAUGCUCUUCAUCACUAUCCCAGCAUAUCAAUAUAGAAAGAUAAAACAGGCACAAAAACCUUCUUCUUCCCCACACCAUAACAUGAACAAGGUUGCAUUGGCAUUGGCAUUGUCCUUUACCAUUCUCUGCUUAUCACAGAGUGCACCCCAGAAUGACACACAUUCCCUCACCCAAUUCCGCCUCCAAACCGACACACACGGCUACCUCCUCGGAAACUGGACCGGCAGCGACGCCUGCACCGCCGCGCCAUGGCGCGGCGUGGAGUGCUCCCCAAACGGCAGAGUGGUGGGCCUCUCCCUCCCUUCCCUCAAUCUCAGAGGCCCCGUUGAAUCUCUCUCGCCCCUCGCCUACCUUCGCUUCCUCGACCUCCAUCACAACCGCUUGAACGGCACCAUCGCCGCUCUCUGCAACUGCACCAGCCUGGAGCUCCUCUACCUCUCCGGCAAUGACUUCUCCGGCGAGAUUCCAUCGGAGAUAGCCUACCUCAGGCUCCUCCUCAAGCUUGACAUCUCCGACAACAACAUCGGAGGCCAUGUUCCGAAGAAACUCUCCAAACUAACUCACCUCCUCACGCUCCGGUUACAGAACAACGCGCUCUCUGGCCCUGUCCCUGAUCUUUCUUCCUCCCUCUUCAAUCUCAGCGAGCUCAACAUGACCAACAACGAACUCAACGGACGCUUACCCGACGCCAUGUUCGAUAAAUUCGGCAACGCAAGCUUCUCCGGCAACGACGGCCUUUGUGGGCCAACCCCAUUGCCGGAAUGUUCCGAAACAGAGUCCCCUGCUUCAACAGAGUCCUCUGUUCCUUCAAACCCGAGCUCACUGCCACAAACAAGCGGUGUAAUUGCAGCUCCUCCGAAACAGAAGAGAUGGUUGAGCCCCGGCGGCAUUGUGGCGGUUGUGGUGGCGGCUUCUGUGGGGUUUGUGGUGGUGGUAUCUUUUGUGGUAGCUCAGUGCUGUGGCAGGGGAGGGAGAACCUCGAACUCGUUAAUGGGGAGUGAGAUUGGUGGGAAGAGGAAGAGUGAGAGUAGCUACGGGAGUGAGAAGAAGGGCUAUGGCGGUGGUGGUGUUGAUAGAGAUAGCGAUGGAACGAACACAGAGACAGAGCGUAGUAGCAAGCUUGUGUUUCUCGAUAGGCAGACUGACGUGCAGUUUGAGCUGGAGGAUCUGCUUAAAGCUUCGGCGGAGAUGCUCGGGAAAGGGAGCUUGGGGACGGUGUACAGGGCGAUGCUUGAUGAUGGAAACACUGUGGCUGUGAAGAGGCUCAAGGAUGCAAACCCUUGUGAGAGGGGUGAGUUUGAGCAGUAUAUGGAUCUUGUAGGGAAGCUCAAGCAUCCUAAUAUUGUGAGACUCAGAGCAUAUUACUAUGCUAAGGAGGAGAAGCUUCUUGUCUAUGAUUAUCUCCCCAAUGGAAGCUUGCAUGCUCUUCUUCAUGGGAACCGUGGUCCAGGAAGGAUUCCACUAGAUUGGACAACAAGAAUAAGCUUGGUGUUGGGUGCAGCAAGAGGCCUAGCUCGAAUUCACACGGAGCACAGCGCAACCAAGAUCCCUCACGGCAACAUCAAAUCCUCCAACGUGCUUCUUGACAAGAACGGAAUCGCUUCCAUAGCAGACUUUGGCCUAUCACUUCUCCUAAACCCUGUUCACGCCAUCACAAGGUUAGGUGGAUACAGAGCACCAGAGCAAGCAGAGUUGAAGAAGCUCUCUCAGGAAGCUGAUGUUUACGCCUUUGGGGUGUUACUGCUGGAAAUUCUCACCGGAAAAUCACCCUCUGAAGAGCUGGAUCUUCCAAAACGGGUUGGUUCUGUUGUGGUGAAGGAAGAGUGGAAGAAUUCAGAGGUGUUUGAUGAGGAGCUCUUGAGGUACAAGAACAUUGAGGAGGAGCUUGUGAACAUGCUCAAUGUGGGGCUUGCUUGUGUGGCGGCGCAGCCGGAGAAGAGGCCAAGUAUGUUGGAGGUUGUGAAGAUGAUUGAGGAUGUGAAGGUGGAAGUGGAACAAUCUCCUUUGAGAUCAGAGGAUUAUGAUCAAUCUCGCUAUUCACUUUCACCUUCACUUGCCACCACUGAAGAUGGCUAGGCCUAGCUUUAAUUAAUUUAUAACACUACUAUUGUUUUUGUUUCCUCCAUGUUUUUUUGUGACUCUUUGUGAUGCUUGCAUUUACUUGUUCACCUCUUAAUUAUGUUGUGGUAAUUAUUGCAUGUUCUCUUUGUAAGAAAAAAAUAACUUUGUGAAAUGUUGUUAUUGCUUAGUGAGUAGGUUCUACUAUGUGGAAGAUGAGACUUUGGGGACAUAUACAAUGAUUUAACCUACCAUUAAGAAAGGAAGGAUCCUAUA